AUGAAAUCGGUAGAGUCAAAUUUUGAAGGCCUUGCAUGGAGUGAGAGACUUUUGGGCCUUGAGCCUCGAUGGACUCUUGAACCCGACACUGGACCUAUCAAACAGACAAUACAGGCGCUCCGGCCAUCAAGAGCGGUCGAAGUGACAUUCCUUGCCCAGGGCGCCUUGAACAAGACCUAUGACAUCAAAAUAGACGAUGAGAUGCUCAUCAUGCGGGUCUCAUUACCAGUCGACCCAUAUCACAAAGCCAUGAGUGAAGUGUCAACAAUGGAUUGGAUAUCUCGCACCACAAAGAUCCCAGUUCCCAAAGUUAUCAGUUAUCAAACCUCCCGAGAUAACCAGAUAGGACUCGAAUGGAUACUUAUGACUAAAUUACCUGGGAAGCCCUUGGGUGAUGUCUGGAAAUCUCUUUCAUUCCUAGCAAAAGAAAAGUUGGUUCGAGAGCUUGCAGUACAGUCCGCUUUCCUCUUUCGAAAUCAGACACGAGGAAUCGGAAAUAUCUAUACACCAUCAUCCGACCUUGCCUUAAAUGAUGAAAUCUUUGAAAAGGAAGGCUCAUACGAAGCCCCGCCUUAUAUAGGCCGAAUUGUGUCUAUGCAUUUUUUCUGGGGGUCCCAUGUUCUUCAGGAUAUCAAUCGAGGUUCAUUUCGAUCAAGCAAUGACUGGAUCAUAUCUCGCCUUUCACUCAAUGAGAACGAUUGUCAUUUGACUUUAGAUAAGCUACCAGCCAGCGAUCGCGACAGCGAGGAUGAAGACGAGGCCGAAGAUGCAACAAGGACACUACAAAUAAUCGAGGAUCUCAAAUCUCUAAUUCCUCUUAUCUUUCCACCCGAUUGCGAUCCUUCGGAGCCUUCAAUGAUAUUCCAUGACGACCUCUCCCGGCAUAACAUCCUCGUUAGUGAUAGCGGAGACGUAACCGGUAUACUAGACUGGGAGUGCGUUUCAGCACUUCCUUUAUGGAGGGCCUGUGAUUACCCUGCAUUCUUGGAAGGAACGCCCCGACGUUUAGAGCCCGAUAUCACGAGAUACUGCGCUGAAGGAAACGGAGAACCUUCCGAUCUCUAUUGGGAGCACCUAGAGCAGUACGAGAAUACUCUACUGCGCGAUAUCUUCAUUGAUGAGAUGAGAAUACUGGAGCCAAGGUGGGUGGACAUUUUCGAUAAGAAUCAGUACCGGAGAGACUUUGAAACUGCAGUGCAGAAUUGCGAUAAUCCAUUCAUUGCCCGUUAUAUACGCGCAUGGAUUGAUGAUAUCAACGCUAAGGUGGAGAACCUUCGAAGCCUGCGUAAUAGGAUUUACGAGGAUUGUUAA